GCCAAGAGGAAGAGGGCAAGCGAGACAGAGGGAGAGAAACAGAAGGGGGAGACACUCCUAUUUUGUCUGAAACCUCUCGACUUGGACACGUCUCAGUGAGAAAUGACCGGAGAAAAAUGAGUGUGCAUACUUGAGACACGAGAGGUGAGACUGACUCCAUUGAGAGAAAAGUGCAGGUUGUCAGGUCGCAUCUCCCGCGCUGCUCCGCGCAGAUCCGAGCCCGCGGCGUGUUUUCGGGUCUCCGUGUCAUGAAGACGGCGGCGCUCUGCACCGGAUCGAUGCGCCUCGAGGCUCCGUUUCUGGAAACGAUCAGCUUUUGGAGCGACCGCGGCGAUGCGCUCCGUCCCCCCUCCAGUCCUCCUCGGAUGUGUUCAGAUUGCAUUGUUGCUGUGUAGCUUUCUGCAGGUGCUAGCGGUGGAGAAUGUCGAUUUCGGAGAGCACAUCGAGACUCAGACAGGCGCGAGAGACCGUCUGAGCAGAAAGCAUCACCGUGUGUACCAGCUGUACAGCAGGACCAGCGGAAAACACGUGCAGGUGCUGGGAAGGAAAAUCGUCGCCAAUGGAGAAGAUGGGGAUAAAUAUUCCCAGCUCGUGGUGGAGGCCGACACCUUCGGGAGUCAGGUGCGAAUUCGGGGCAAAGAGACCAACUUCUACUUGUGCAUGAACCGCAGGGGGAAACUGGUGGGCAGGAAAGCCAACAGUGCAAACGCUGAGUGUGUUUUCAUUGAGAUGGUUCUGGAGAAUAACUACACCGCCUGGAUGUCGGCACGUUAUACCGGCUGGUACAUCGGCUUCACCAAAAAGGGCCGACCUCGCAAGGGGUCGCAGACCCUCCCGAACCAGCAAGAAGUGCACUUCAUGAAGCGCUUUCCGCUCGGCGAGCAGCCGAACCUGCAGCACAGCAGCUUCACCACCGUCAGCAAGAGGAACAGGAGGACGCAGGAGACCAGCGCUAGUCCUGACACACGCAUGUCGUAACACAUGUUCAAAACGUUACUCACUUCUACAAAGGAUGCUGACUUGGAGAACGCUUGGACAGGAGUCAGACGGGCUGAACGGGCCAGGUGUAGGUCACUUCGCUUCCAGAUGGAGGUCAAAUGCAAAUGCUGCGUAAUCAAAGAUGGCUGGGCGUGCAUCCAGGAAAUGAACUCGGAGACUCCUGACUCGUGACAAGGGCACAUACCGCACCGCAAGCUGAAAGAACAGCGUCUCCGGCAUCCGCUGCUGUUAGUGAGUCUACACAGACAGUGAGGUUCAUGAACAUAGAAACUCUGUGGAGGGAUUGCGACAUCAGUGUACAUUAUUCUAAUUACAUAACCCUAGAGGUUAAAAUAAUCCUGCUUGAAAUGGUAAUCAAUAGGACAAAUGCAUAGGCAUGAGAAAUAAAACGAGUGGCCAGAUGUAGCUCAUAUAGGGAAUUAUAGAACAAAGCCUGAUAGAAAAAUCAUGUUUCAAGAGCAGCAUGUAGGAAUGAGCUCUUAUGGACAUCCUGGAGUAUACACGCUUAUGUCUAGCACCUUAUGGCAAGGGUUCUCUGGGUUUCUGCUCGGAGCAUAAUCCGAUCACUAUUCAAUUGUGUUGAAAUGUGUAUGAUGAUAUUUGGCCUAUUUAUUGCAGGAAGAUGUGAAGUGUUUUAUUUGCUAACAAAAAGCAUUUGGUUGAACUUAACCGUUUUCGAAUAAUGACGAAAACUCGAAUAUAAACCGAGUUACUCAUGAGGGGUUUCCAGAACUGUAACAAGAACCCUGGGGAUAACCCUCAGAAACCCCUAGGAUUGUCUAGAACUUACUUUGAGAACCUCACUUUAAGGAUUCUUCUAAGGGAACUUUUAAAUGGUCCAAGACAAACCCAACGACACAAGGUUUCCCUUCAUGAAAAGCUUCUAAAUACAAUCUAGAGAACCCUUGGAGAUCCUUUGGAGUGCGCUUAGUAUUGUACGUUAGAUUAUGGUACAAAAAUGAGUAUGCUUAAACCACGCCAGGUGGAAAAUCAUGUAGCAAAUUCACUUACGAAGUUUGGCUGUAUUCCAUUAAUCAUUUAUUGACUUUGUUGGUCUAUAAGUCAAUGUUGAAAUGACAUUCAGAAGUUUUAGUCUCAUGAUGUGUUGCUAAAGUGAUGGACAUGGAGCUAAUGAGACUUAGCCAUGACUUGACUUGAGUCUCAGUGUGGACUUGAAAUGACGAGACUCAACGUUCGACUCUCCAACUUGCCUGUUGUUAGUAAUCAGAGCUUUAUUCACAUAUAAUCAGCUGCUUAGGGGGCCCUGAGCCACCAGGGGGCCCUCUUAAAAAGUUAUAUGGGUUUUUUUUUCCAAAUAUCUUUUGGUAAAAAAUAAAAGACAGCGGUUCAGGCUUUGGCAGGGGGCGUCCUUGCGGUCUACAACCAGAGAGGUAUUAUUAUUUUGUGCCCAAAGGUUCCAAAACAUCUCUGUUAGUAAUUGUUCCUUCGGCAUUAAAUAACACCAGUCCAAGUACGCUCCCACAGCUGACUGCAAUUCGUUAAAAAAAAAAAAAACAAGAGUUCUACUGAGCAAAAUAAAAUCAUCAGAGGUGGCAACGUACCCCCGCUGCCGCAACAUUUGGGAUUUGACAUUUACAUGUAGUCGUUUGCCAGAUGCUCUUCUCCGAAACAAGUUACAAAACAACAACGAAAGCACAGCAUUACUCAAGGAUUAGAGACAAAUGCUGGGCUGUAGAGUGUCAGAGCAGUUCCUCUGAAGGUAGUGACAAAAGGGGGCGGGGGGGGGAGGGCAAUUCUAAAUCUGUAAUUAAAAAUCCAAAUUAGAAGCAAUGAGACAACCAGGUCAACAAAAGUGCAGAAAAAAUGUAUCCCAGAUAUAAAGCAGCUUAUAACCGUGAGGAUAAGAUUUAAGCUUAGUCUCGACCUGGGCUUGUUCUCCAAACCUCAGAAUCAUCAACCCCCAAACUACCCACUUUUUGUUGUUGUUGUUGUUCUCAGCUCAUGUAACCUAAACCAAGCAAGAAAAAGAAAACGCUUUGUCCUAUAUUAGAGGGAUUAUAUUGGGAAACUUUGCCCAUUUUUUAAGUCAUGUGACCCUGACAGUAUGGAAAUGUUGACAGUUUCCAUUGGCCAGAGUUGGCUGGUUACGGUCGGACCCAGAACUGCAGUGUGGUACCUAAGACGAACUCAAUCUACACUAACAGUCACUAGUAUUUCAUGGAUUUCUUUUUUUAAUUCACCUCGUUAAAUAAGCGCAAUGGCACAAGGGUGGACGAUGAUAUGUUACACUAGAAAUCAGUGAGAUUUUAUUAGCGAUGUUGACAUUUCCCACGGAUAUCUAAGGAUAAAUGUAUCAUGAUGUUAUAGAGAAAUUAUUAAUGAUGGGGUGAUGUGGUGAUAAAGCAGACUUUCAGUGGGCAGUAGAAACAGAAUUGAAUCAGAGUAAUAUACUUUGAUGUAAUUAAUAUCGUAAUAACGAUAUCAUAUCAUAUCAUAUAUCAUAUCCUAUAGUCCACCCUAGUGCAGAGUCUCUUGCGUCUUGUUUCACAUAUUCGAGCAUGUACGAGUUAAUAAAGCUGACACGGGUACCACCCUGUAUCGACAUGUUCAAUGUACAGUAUAAAAGUCAAUGUACAGUUCAUUGUUUUUGUGUUGUUGUUUUUUCGUCCCGUUGUUACUGGGGCUAAAACUGAAAGAUGGAAUAUUUUGAUACAGGAUCCUAUUAAA